AUGUCAUCCAAGUUUGAGACACAAUUACUUUUAUCGAGACCGUAUCUAACCAGGAAGCAACUUUUAAAGUUGCAAAGUAAUACGAUAACAGAUCGUCGAACAUAUAAUCAGAAAAAGAUUGCCAUCUACAAGUUUCUAAGUGAUAUUUGUAUCCAACUUAAGUUCCCUCGAAGAACUCUAGAGACAGCGGUUUAUUUCUAUCAGAGGUAUUAUGUCUUCAAUGCUUUUGAAACUGAAUUAUGUUAUACUGUGGCAACGAGUUGUCUUCUAUUAAGUUGCAAACAGGUAGAAACUAUCAAAAAAGCCAAUGAGAUUUGCAGUGUGUCUCUGAGGUUACGAAGUGCCGGGAAAGUGACGCCAGAUAUUAUUGAUAACUUCAAAAAGAGAGUACUUCAGAUAGAGCUUCGGAUACUAGAGGCAUGCGCCUUUGACUACAGAGUCAAUAACUCGGUGCACAUCGAUGAAUACGUGGUCAAAAUGGGACGAGAGUUGAAACUGGACUACCAGACCUGUCACUUGGCGUGGGUUAUUGCAUAUGAUGCUUUAAAAUUGGAGACACUUCUCAUCGUUCCGCAACAUACCAUUGCAUUGGCUGUCCUGAAAACUGCCCAUGAACUACUGCACUCAAGAGAAAGUUGGCCCAAGUUCAGAUAUAGCGCUUUCGAAACCGAUGAAUAUUCUGUAAGCCAGGCAUAUUUCGAUAUCCUCAAUUUCUUUAUUAAUUCCUUCAGCAUAUGUGAUCUGCGAGAAAACCUUCCGGCUGGAGUCCCACCAGUAAGUAUAGACACUUUUAUUGAGUUGAAGAAGAAUGCAGGCCAUGAAUUUGGACUUAAAGAGGCUUCUGAUGAUGCGAUUGAAGCCGAUGCAUACUUAACUACACCAAGAGACUUUUCCAUACGAGAGAGACGUUAUGUUCUCUCCCCAAAAUUGGUCGCUGACGAAGCUCAACAGAAAAACUUCAAUAACCAUCGUUAG